UCACAAGAAGACACGACCUUGAAGGAUCGUUUGAACGACCUGGAGAGAAAGCUCGCUAACCUGGAGAAACAGCAGAUUCGCUGCCCUGAUCCAGACCUUUUGUCCACUCUCCGAAAGCUUGGUUUCGUCGCCUCCGGAUAUGAUAAUGUUCUUGAGCGGAUCGAUCGUCUUGAAGAACUGAUGGCACUAAAACUUACACGCGACGAUCUGGAGGCCCUCGGUUUUUCGCCGGCACUGCUUAAGCGAAUAGAUGACCUUGAAGCGAUGUCGAAAGAAUUACAGAAAGAACGAGAGAAGCUGUCAACCAACAGUAAACAGAUGCCUGUGCCAAUGAAGACUGAGGCAUCACUACCUCUCAUUGCGCAUGUCGUCCCGUCGGACAAGAGACCACCACGGGAGUAUCGGAAAAACGAAGACUUGAACGACAACAUAGUAAAUAAUAAGCCGAUCGAAAAACAGAUCCCCGCCGCCUCCGGUGCAGACUCGGUUCUGUUUGCGGAAGGCGGACUUCAAGAGAACAAGAAGCUCAUUAAAAACCUUCAGGAGAAUCUGAAUACACUCCGUGAACAAAUCGCUCGGAUAGCAGGAUUGACGAGUGACCUUCAGACGGAAACGAAGGAAAUUCGCGUAGACUGUAAGCUUCGAGCACGCCAGAGUGUGGCGCACACAAAACGCGGUCUUACCAGUUGGGUUGAUAAGGCAGCUCGUAUUUGCUCUUCUGAUUCACAGGACCUCCAUCAACUCAUCAAAGAUUUGGACACACGUAAGGCUGACUACGACUAUGUUGACGCCCAACUGCUCAAGGUAAGUGGUCGAUUCCAGUAUUAUUCCAUCAUACGAAAUCCUUCACCUUCAUCUACACUGCUUGUGAUCAAAGCAGACAUCAUCCAAUGCAUCUUCUGCGAAGAAUUCUAUUAG